UCUACUGUGAGUAGCCCAGCGUACGCCAAAUGCUGAUCCUUCAAUUUCAAACCUUCAAUUUGUUUACCUUUCCUAAACCCCUAAACCCCACCCUUCCAGUCCCCAAUGGCCACCUCCACCGCCGUCAGAACCACCACGUCGUCUCCGUUACUAAGUUCACUCCACUGAAAUGCUACAGCUCUGACGAGUACCCUGUGGACGACUCCUUUCUUGAACAGUUCGCUCCAAAAGACAAGGUAACCGAGGACGAAGCCCGACGCCUUAACUGGAUCGAGCGUGGGUGGGCUCCUUGGGAAGAAAUUCUCACUCCUGAAGCUGAUUUCGCGCGUAAAGCACUCAACGAAGGUGAAGAGGUCCCGCUCCAAACUCCCGAAGCUAUUGAAGCUUUCAAGAUGUUAAAACCUUCCUAUAGACUGCAAAAAAUGAAAGAGAUGGGGAUUACUGAGGAUGAAUGGUACAGAAGACAGUUUGAUUACAAGGGCGAGAUUCCGGAUAAACUUGAAACGAUUUGGGCCGGUCCGGUGGUCCUCCAACAUGUGCCGCCUAGAGAUUGGCCGCCUCGAGGAUGGGAAGUGGAUAGAAAGGAACUGGAGUUUAUAAGAGAGGCGCAUAAAAUGCAAAAUAUUCGAGUGACAAUUGAAGAGAUAGAGAGAGAAGCAAGGAAUGAGAAAGAAGGGCUUUGUUUUGAUAGGUAUAAGAUGUUCUUGAAGCAGUAUAAGGAGUGGGUUGCUGCUAAUAAAGAUAGAUUGGAGGAGGAGUCUUAUAAGUAUGACCAGGAUUACCAUCCAGGACGGCGAAAAAGAGGCAAGGAUUAUGAAGAAGGCAUGUAUGAGCUUCCAUUCUACUAUCCAGGACAGAUUUGUGCUGGAAAAGUGACGACUUUACAUUUGUAUCAAGGAGCAUUUGUUGACAUUGGAGGUGUAUAUGAUGGAUGGGUUCCUAUAAAAAAUAAUGAUUGGUAUUGGAUCCGUCAUCACAUAAAAGUUGGCAUGGAUGUCCUUGUUGAAAUUCUGGCAAAACGUGAUCCCUAUCGGUUUCGAUUUCCUAUUGAAAUGCGUUUUGUUGAUCCCAACAUAGAUCACCUGAUAUUUAACAGAUUUGACUAUCCUCCAAUCUUUCAUCAUAAUGAAGAUACUAAUCCAGACGAGUUACGGCGGGAUUGUGGAAGACCUCCUGUUCCAAGAAAAGAUCCAGGAGUCAAACCAGAAGAGGAACCAUUGUUGUCAAAUCAUCCUUAUGUUGAUAAGUUGUGGCAGAUCAAUGUUGCUGAGCAAUUGAUUUUAGAUGAUAUGGAGGCUAAUCCUGAUAAAUAUAAGGACAAAAAAUUAUCAGAAUUAACUGAUGAUGAGGAAUUCAAUGAAGAAAGCAGUGUUGAAUACACCAAAGUUCUGUAUAAGAAAACUGAACUACCAAAAACAAUUCUGAAAACAAGUGUUAAAGAACUUGACUUGGAAGCUGCCUUUGCUGAGCGUGAGCACCAUAAUAGAUUAAGAAGGGAAGCAACAGAAAGAGGGGAAGAAUAUAAAAUUUCAAAGCUGAGACGACAUAUUGAGAUGGAUGAGUAUGAUUUUAUUCAUUGGCGUCGGUCAUUUGAGGAAAGAGAAGCUUUACUCCGAGACAUCAGCUGCCGUCAAGCUCUUGGUCUGCCAUUGGAAGAGCCAGGGAGGUAUAAAGAUGCCAGUUUCUUUGGGAAAGAUCAGUAUGAUCCCUCAAAUCCUUUGUACCGGUAUGACUAUUGGGGAGAACCCAAAAACUCAGAGAAGAGCAGACAAGAGCGCAUGACUGAUGCACACAACAAAUCUAUUGUGGGGAAUGGUAUGGUUUGGUACGAAAUGUCUUAUGAUGAUUUCAUAAAGCAGAAGAUGGAGAGGGAAGCUAAGGGAGAGAAGCUAAAAGAAAUCCAUGAAACAGACAGUGAUGAAGGUGAUGAUGACAGUGACGACGACUUUGAUUACAGCAUUCUGAGUAACUAUGGUGAUAAUUUGUCAGAUCAGCCUGUGGUUAACGGGACUGAAUCCUAUAGUAUAUCAGAUGAGGGUAUGUUUGAAACUUAAUUUCUUGGGGUUAAGAAUAAGGUCUAAAUUAACAUUUUUUGUUUGGUGUACAGUAAUUGUUCAUGAGAGAGGUUAUAGUUGUUAAAAGGGCUUCUGAUGAUGUUCAUAUAACUGGCAUUCAUCUGCAUUUAGUGGGUCAUCUUUUUUGUAGUAAUAAUGGCAGUCUUUUAGGUAUUCUGUUAAUUGUUUAUUAAUUAUUAUAUCAAAACCCUCCAGAGUUUGAAGAUA